AUGUCUUCUAACCUGGACAAGGACGAUGAGAAGAAGCUGAAAACCCUCGAGAAAAAGAUCGCCUCCGUUGGGAUACCAGAUUUGAAGACAGAACAGAUUCAAGGCGCACUCGUGUCGACUUAUGCGCAAGGCGAUGUUGAAAAGGCAUUUGAACUACUUCUUAUUUUAGAAGACUCGAUCGAGGGCAUCCUCCGAGAUUAUAACCCAAGCACGAAGCUUUUGGGAGCGCAAAAUCGCAAGGGCGUUACCUGUUAUCUCGACUCGAUUCUUUUCGCCAUGUUUGCGCGACUUGAUUUUUUCGAGGCAAUACUGUACAAAUCAUUUACCGAUGAUAAAGAUCCGAGGAAGAAAUUGGCUAUUAUUCUUCGUCUAUGGGUGAAUAUGCUUCGGUCUGGAAAGCUCAUAACUACAGAUAUUACUGAACAUCUUCAGAGGUCACUGUCUGAGUGUGGCUGGCCAGAAGCCGCCAAACUUCGUCAACAGGAUGCCUCCGAAGCCUUCACGUUUAUCACAGAGAAGCUCGAUCUGCCUCUACUCACGCUCAAGAUGGAUAUAUACCAUACAGGAAAAGAAGAUACGGUGGACGAUCAUAAAUUUAUUAACGAACGACUCCUUGAAGUGGCAAUCCCCCCAGAACACACCGAUGGGACUCCGAUCACACUAGAAGAGUGCCUCGAAACUUAUUUUAACAACAAAAUAGAGGUGAAACGGUAUAUGGAAAGACGCACGACGAUCAGUUCUGUAAGAUCUUUCGACUCGACUGCCAAGGGGGCUUCGAUGCAUGUCGAAUCUGUUGAAAUUGGAUCAUUUACCUCGUCUCCGAUCCACACCAGUUCUCCUCAACUCGAGUCUCCUCUAACUGAAGCGACAUCGGCCACGCCUGUGUCAUUUCGACGCUCUAGCAUUGUACAGGAACGCUUCAUUUCUGACCGGGAUCCCCAGGAUAACCUCGUUCGUCCUGGCCGACGGAGAAAAGGAAGUUAUCGAAAAGAAGUCAUGAUGCCGGCAUGGCAGUUUUUCAGCCUGAUACCUUGGUAUACUGAUAAUGCGCCUAUGAACGAUGCGCAAGUUGCUGCACACUUCUCCUCAAAGCGACCGAUUCUAGGUGUAUGCUUGAAACGGUAUUCUGUUCUACCCAACGGAAGCGCAAUUAGAUUAAAUACUUAUAUCGACAUUCCAACCGAAAUCGGACUGCCGCAUUUCAUCCAAGACGACAAAAUGGACGAAACAGGGCCAUUGUAUGGCAACUUCAAGCUGCGGCUUCAAUCUGUCGUUUGCCAUCGAGGAAACUCGGUGGAUUCGGGGCAUUAUAUCUCUCUAGUACGCAGUGCUGGUUCUAAUAUAACUCCUCCGGCAUCCAGUGGCACUGAUUUGGAUUUUGUUGCGGGUUCCGAGCCUUGGAUGCGGUUUGAUGACUUGGCUGCUGAGCGUGUUACUCUAAUAAACAUUGAGCAAGCGCUGAAAGACGAGUCGCCCUAUCUUCUUUUCUACCAAAUAGUACCCAUUGACGAAAAUGGUAUGGAGACGGACCUGUCGGACAACCGUGCAAUAUUUAGCGAUUUCGAGGAUUUGGACCCUCACGUUCGUAAACACCUGUCUGUUAUUAGUAGUGCUAGCGAACGCACUAUUGAUGGGACCGUAUCAACCUCGCUCCGGCCAAGCCUUGAGAUCACCAUUCCGAAUGAACUCGAAAAUAAGAAACAGGCUGCCAUCGCUGCAGAGUCUCGAGGGACAAUUAAAUAUGCAGACACGGAAGGUUUACGCCCGUCGACUGCUGGCACAGACACACCUACUCAUCGCCGAUCGUUAUCACUUCCUCGAUCACGUUCGAAAGAAACAAGCCGUUCUCGAAGUCGAGGGGAAGGGGGGGAGAAACGCCUGAGCGCUACUAUAUCGCGACUGACAGCGCGGAUGAGCAAGGACAAAGGCAGUGAAAGCCAGACAGACAGUGCUGACGACCAAAAUACCAAGUUAGCGAAAACCGAAGAGAAUCCAGAAUCGACGCCGUCGAAACGAGCAGAGACGUUGCAGGGAGGAGAAGAUCGUGAACAACCGGAAACGAAGCGCAGUGGGAAGCAGCGCCAAAAACAGACUCUAUAUAAGAAGGAGAGAGGAGAUCCAGAGAGGGAGUGUUCUGUUAUGUAG